UUUAUAACGUAUAAUGUUUUUUGAAAAUUUCCGUUUUAAUUAGAAUAUUAUGCUGUCCGCAAUUUUAAAACGUGUUGUUCCUCGGAAAAUAUUGGUGCCAGUGCCGAGAAUAAAACCAACACCGCGUCACAUUGGAAGCUUACUACCGCCCUCUCAAUACGAUGUUCCGAUACCGAGGAAGCUGCACCUGACGUACGCUCUGCGCACUUACUGGGAAAUUAUACCUUUGUUUCUUGUGACAUGCACAAGUUUAACCCUUAUGGUAUUAUCUAUAGCUUGGGCCAUUAAAAAUAAGGUGGACGUAGUGUACUCAACGCGAAGCCGCGAUAACAUAUCACGCACCAUGAAUUUACGGUAUCCAUCAGUCCACAAAAUAUUUACUAUCAACGAGCGCUACGAGCCCUGGCCCGAAAUGCAGGAUGCGCUCGACAAGAUGGUGAUGGCGGAGAAGAGGGCGCUCGUGCGUUUGCAGACGUGUAAUUACUGACUAGAUUAUCAUUGUCCCCAUUUGUAAGACGUACUUUCCAUUUUAUUGUUUUUGUUUUAAAUAAAUAAAACGA